AUGGACAGCUAUCCGCUCCAGGGGGACAGCUACUCCUUCCUGCGCAGUGCGCCCCACGCCUUUUCCCUGUGUCGUGACGGCACCCCCAAUCACGUUGAAAUAUUUGACAUCAUCAAUGUCCCUAGUCAGCGCAGUGCCAUUUCCGAGACCACCUGCCUGUGUGACAUUUUUGGAGACGAGUGUGAGUCGCCCUCCCUCUCAACCAGCCCUGCUGUUGGGGCUUUUGUCCCUUCCCAGAGGGAGGUGGAUGGAACAACUGCUGCGUCACCCCUGGUGGAUGAUCUGAACGACUCCUCAGGCUCUUACCACACCGCACAAGGAUCCAGUGAAGGAGAGGAGGGCUUUGAAGAUUCAAGAGAAAGGUUUUACAGCCCCCUUUUGCAGAGCAAGUCUUCAGAGAGGAGGCAGCAGGAGAGUGAAGGACUGAGUGUAGGGCAUCCAGAAGUUUCUGUGGGCACAUCAUCUCCUUUUCCUGAACUACAAAGGACGGUCUCCCUGCAUGAUCUCCUCAGCAGAGGCUCCACACCUGAUAUCGAAGAUUCUGCUCACACCCCUGAGCUGAUUUCAGAUCUUACCACUGCAGAAAGAAACAACGCAACCACUCCUGAGAGCCGAGAUUCAAGGUUAUCAGUCGAAUCUGUCAGGCACAGACAUACUGCCCCCUCCCCUGAAAUAAGGAUUACAGCAUCCUCACCUGAGUUCAGUAGGAGAGAGCAGUCAUCUGAAGCCAAGACAAUAUCAGCCUCUCCUCUCCUAGAGCCUCAGUUUGACUCUGCCUCAUCAAGAAGCCUCACCUCGUCCCCUCACAUCACAGGUAUUUCUUACUCUGUUGUUCAGCCUGAAGACAGGGACACUCUCCCAUUUCCUGAGCUCUUUCGUCUCUCCACCCCUGAGCCUGAUAGGACACGUGUCUCCCCUGAAGCAAGAAGCCCUACCCCAAGCAGAGACAGUAUACAAAGCAGUAUAGCAGAGUCCACUGAUACACCACAAGACUCACCUCAUAUGUCAGGCUUCACAAGCUCUGCCCUCCAGCCUGAUAUACCUGGAUCGCAUCAACGUAGGUACCAAACACCUUCACCUCUUUCAAAGCAUCGCACUCCCUCACCUGAGCCACGGUAUCAAACCUCUUCGUCUGACAAGAGUCAAAGUCCCUCACUUAGACACCGAAGUAAAGAUCCAUCACCUGUUCCCCCAUCUCCCGAGCAGCAGAGGGCUUCAUCCAACUCACCUGUGCAGAGAUUGGACAACCCACAGCCUCACUUCACUUAUUCCCUAACUUCUGAAAGUAGCAGCUUAUUAAAAUCAGGUUGUACACCUGAGCACGUGAGAAGACAGCUGUCAACCAGUGUUAGACGUGAAUGCAAAGAGAGAUUCACAGAGGACAUGGCCCACCAUGUAAACAGAAGGCGGACUCCUUCUCCGCCACUCACCAGGUUUACACCUGUUCACAUCAUAGCCCCUGAGAAACCAUACAGACAGUGGCAGAACAGAAGCCGCAGCCCCUCUCAGGUUGUAGCAUCCUCACAGAGUGGUAAUUUAAAAACAGUAGUGACAAAUAGGGAAAGCCCCAAUGUUGCCCCCGUUGACAAUAAUAGCCAGAGCCACUGGGUCAGCCUAGGAACGCAAUUGGAGAUGGAGAGUGAAAUGCAGCUGGAGGUGGAUAGAGAGCUAGGUAGAGUGAGGCAUAGGGAUAGGGAGAUAGACAGAGAGAGAAAGAGGGAGGAGCGGGUUCUGGAAAAGGGGAAGGGGUGGCAGGGGGAUGCCAGUUACAGAGGGGAACAGGUUGAGCUGUCAUUCAAUGCCAGGAAUAGAAAAGGGCCUGCGAGUCGCAGAACAGCUCCCACAAGCAGAGAGACCCGUCAGGGACUGCCAACAGUGCAUUCCUAUUCAGAGAGCUUGCUUGCCGCCAGACAGCUACAGCAACAACAUAGUCUGCUUAGACUUGCUUCCCAACAAGACACCAGUGGUGGUGUUCCUAACAGACGGCUUCAACCUCCUGCACCCCGGAACAAGAAAAGUGCUCCUGGACGUGUGGCUGUAAACAGGCCCUGCCGGAGUUCCAGCUCCAGCAUGGGAAGUGAGCUUGAUGAAGCAGAUGAUGAGGUGAAGUGGUUUACAGACUUGGCUUUCCGCAGCCUGUCAAGCCCUGAGGUAGAUUACCUUGAUAUGUACAACUCCAGCCACCGUUCAUCUACCAACAUUUCUCAACCAUCUACCCAGGAGAGCCCAGGUGGGGCCAAUGCCGCCUGGCUGGCCUAUGCUGACUUCAGAGGUUCUGCACCAAAGCUGGACAAUGAUGAACUCUCCUUCCAGCAACCAUCUGCAUACUACUCAGAUGGCCUAGAUUCAUCAAGGCGCCAUGAGAUGGGCAGCUUUGAGUGUGUAGAUGUGGCUGUAGAAAGAGAGGACUUCAGAAAGGUAAGAAGAGGAGUGCCAAAGAGACAGAUCCAGCUGAAGAGAAAGAAUAAUACUGAAGGGAAGCAGGGUGAAAGCAGUGAAAAUAGUAGUCCUGGGGUACCAGGGAUGGUGGAAAGCCCAUCUCUAGACCGUCACUUCAGAGAGACAUUUGUGAGACAACACAGUACACCAGCAACAAUGCAAGAAUGCUACCCUUCUGAGUGCAGCCCUGAGGCCAAUCAACCAAAUAAGAGAAAAUCCAAACUCCAAAAAUCUGCUUCUCUGGAUGAAGCAUGCAAUAAAACCAAGAUGGCUACUUGUCUCAUCAAGAGUGUGUUGUCCAAGAAGAUGCAAAGUGUUGAUAAACAACCUGACCAGGCAGGAGAAGAAGUGAGCCCCACGUUUGAAGUAAACAGCCCACCAACAGAGAAUGCAGUGGCAGCACUUAAAGAGUCUGACACGCAUAAUCUGAGCUCCAGUUUUCAAUCAGAUUAUAGUAUUUCUUCUGAAGGUCUUCCUAUGAGAGGAGAACCUAGCACAAAGGAUGAAGCCAAACCACCAAAAAUCUUUGGAGUGAGAUCUAGUAAUAGGCCAAGUUCAUCCAGCAGCAGCAGAAGUGUUAACUUUUCACAGACUGAGAGUGAAGAGCCUGAUUCUCAAAGCAGGAAUGCAACUUCAUUAAGAUCUGAGAUGAGAUCAGAAUUGAAAGUGCCAUUUGAUAGUAACCAGUUACGAACUGGAGCACAACAAGCAGAUGACAGUAAAGCAUGGGAGGAAAGGGAGGGUGGUAACUCUGCAAAUGCCUCUGCCGGGAAGCCAAGGGCUCCUUCUCCCACUGGAGCCAGCAGCAUGCAGGCCAGGAUGACAAAUAGAGACCAGGAAUGUGAAAACAAAGAGGACCCUAAACAACUGCAACAGGGUGACAAGGGUGCCUAUAUGUCAAGAACACAGGAGAUUUCGCUCAAAGUCAUGGAGAAAAAGAAAGCCUCCCUAAAUGUCCGUCUCACACCUGAAGCAGAAAACAAACCUGAUUCUUCUUCACCAGAUAUGUCUUUCAGAGAAAAGGAGGAAAGUGUAGAGACCGAUGUAGAUGAGAAAGCAGAGAAAGAAGAAGGAAAUGGGAAUAAUCAAGUUAAGGUUCCCAUUCACAAAGUUAGAGAUGUGAGGCGGCUUGUAAAAAAUACAUAUAAUCUGUCCUUCAAGGCAACUGGUGCUGUAAUGCCAUCAAAUGUGAAUGAAGAAAGGAUGGGAAAUUAUAAUGAGGAAGGGAGGGAAGAAAUAAAAGAGGAACGGAGGGAAGAGUUCAUAGCAGGAGAGGUAAGGGAAGAAAUUAGGAGGGAGGAGAUGAGGGAAGAAAGGGAAGAGGAGUUCAGAGUGGAGAGGAAAGAGGAUGUAAAAGAUUCAAAGCUGUUAACUUUAUCUCCACCUCUUCAGAGCGUAGGAAAUCCUCUGUCUCGUCCACAACCAAUGCAAAUAGAAUACAAGGCUGUUUGCUGGAAAGAAAACAAAAAUAAAACAUCAUGCAGCAAGAAAGACUCAGAGAACCCAGGUGACAAAUCCCAGGCUUCUCCGAUGCUUGUAACUGAGUCCUCAAAGGCAAACACACAGAAUUACAGAAUAGAGGACACAGCAAUUGCCAAGACAUGUCAACAUGCUGUAAACAUGGCAACAGAAACACAAGAGAUGAAGACAGAAAUGCAUAAAGUGCCAGGCAAUGAGGACAAACCGGUGGUGGUUAGAUCAGACAGAAAACCUCCGAUGUUAGGAAGCCUCCCCAAACUGCCUAGUAAGGAAAGAGAGGUGUCCACUGCUGUAGUGUUAAUAAGGGAUGGAUCCAGCAAGACUAUGGCAUCUUCAGCCCAAGAAGAGAUUCCCACCCCACUCCAAGCCCCAGCUUCACCUGGGCCCACUACCUCUGGCAGUGGCCACUCAGUUUCUAUGUUAUUAAAGGAGAAAGGCUACCAAGCUGACAUUGGAGCAGUGGUGGGUGACAACCAGAAUGCAGGUGUAGGUAAAGGGGUUCCCUGCAAGCAUGUGAACUGCCUGGAGAUCCCCCUUCAGACCACCACUCCUUCAGAUGGAGGUCGCAUUGAGUCUCAUAGAGAGAGGAAAUCCUCCUCUUCAUCCACCACGUCUGGCCCCGCAGUAGUGUCUGACAACACAGACACCAUUACAAAGAACAGAGAAGACAGCAUUAAGCCUUCCGUAAAAGAUACGGCAAAGCCAAAAAGUGCUUCUCCACUAAGGACUCCACUAGAGCAAACACCACCUCCCACCAAACAGAAGGAACUAGGAGAUUUUGAUGCAGUGAAAAGUCUUGAUCCUGCUUUUCCCCCAAGGUCCCCAGCAAUAAGGAGAUUCAGACCACAGCCAAUUGAGGUUAAGUCACUGUCUAAAGAAACACAGAAACAAGAGAUGCCCAUAAACUCUAUAGGAAACAACAGGCCUCAAACCAUUGAAGUUAAAUCUAUAGCUAAAAAUUCUCAAAAGCCAGCUGUGCCUCCAAAACCAAGCUGCAAAUUUAAACCUGCAGAUUUAGGAGCAAUGCCAAAUGAAACACAGAGACCAUCAGCAACAACAUUAACUGUAAAACCACAAGGUGAGGAGAGGCCUCAAACAAUUGUUGUGUCCUCACCGACAAUCUAUAGAAAGAUCCCCAGUGAGUCCACAUCCACAUCGAAUUAUACAAGAAAACUAGCUGUGUCUGCAGUAUCCAGCCUCAAACCUCCACCAUGCAAAACAACAGCAACCACAAUCUCCAAUCUCUCAAACCAGUCAACGGCACCACCAGAGACAGAGGUAUUUAAUGAUAAAGGUCAGCAGCAAAAGCCAGGGGCCUUGUCUCAGAUCUCUAGUUAUACGCAAAGACCUACAAACUUAGUUACAACUCCAACAUCAGCCACUGGCCCAGGUUUAACCUCAGCUGCCUCAGCUGGAGCCAACCAGUCAAGCCAGACAGCUGUUAUGGAUCCAGACAGCCAACCACAGUAUACCAGGAUGGCAUACCCUCAUGAACAAGCUAUGCCGGUAACUUCAAACAAUACAAAACCACCCGCUGCCGUUUCCAUAACACAAGUGCCAGGAUACACACAACAGCCUUGCUACAGAUCACUCUCCAGUGAGCGCUCCCAAAGAACAGAUGACCUGCGUUUUUAUGCUUCAGAUGACCCUCCAAGCUACGAUGAAAGAGAGAGCUUCAGCCCACUCAUGCUCCCAGAUCUGACCCACAGGAGGUCAAAUCGCUAUCAACCCUCCUCCCGCCCUCCUCCCUGCUCUUGCACAGCUGGCUACCCUUCCCACCCUGGUCUCACUCCUCCUCACCAUCACCGCAGCCCCCAUAACCUCACUCCCCCUGCCCCUUCGCAUUCUCCUGGACAGGCAUUACCUUACCCAGUGGCUCAGCCUCCUCUUCGUACCCACCAGUGCAGACCUGACCCUCAGCUGAUGAGCUACCAGCCUGGCUCUCCCAAAUCAAGUCCUCUUGGUCAAAGUCAGCCACCGGCCAUGUACCAGCCUCUUCACCAGCCUGCUCCCUGCCCUCCCCACCCCUCACACAUUCAGGCCUGCCCUGCUGACCGCCCGUUGCAGCCACCUCAGCAUAUUGACCCUCGACGGCCCCCUGUCCACAGAUCUCCCCAGCAACAGCCACCAGGCAUGACUGGGGCUCCUUACAGCGACACUGGCCACAGCCACUCUCCUGGCCUUCCUCAUAUGGAUCCCCAGUACCUGUGUGGCCCUCAAAGCCUGGGGCCAUCCUAUGGCUCUGAAUAUGGGGGUGACAGCUCCAGUUUGUACUCAGAGAGUAGCUUUGGACAGACACCUCGCAGAGUGCUCCUGGAUCCUGAAACAGGGAAGUAUUUUUAUAUCGAGGUACCUGUACAGCCACUGAGGAAAAUGUUAUUUGAUCCAGAGACUGGUCAAUAUGUGGAAGUGCUCAUCCCACAGCAAGCAAUGUCACAUUCAGGACUCUAUCCUCCUUCAGCGGCCCCUUACCCAUCUCUCCACAAUCCCAACGUGUACGCCCCUGCUCCGCAAUACAUGCCAUAUGCAGCUCCUCCUCCUCCAGCCCAUCCCCAGGCUCAGCCCCAGCCACCCCGAUAUCCUGAGGCCUCUGCCACAGCAGCAAUGCACCCAACCGGGCCUGGGGUCAGCUACAGGAAUUCCUCUGGUCAGGGGUCCAAACCAGAGCCCCAGAACCAUCCACAACUAGACCAGAGUUACCUGGAGAGUAUGUAUUAUGUCCCUACAGGGAUGAAUGCAAGCCCCAAUCCCACCCCACCAGACUAUUAUCACAAACACCCCCCCACCCUACCCCCAUCAGGGGGGAAAAGGUCCUGA